CUGAUUAAACAAUUUUAACUUUUCACUAUGGCGAAACUCUCCGUCGCUGUCCUUUUCCUCUUCUUCACCCUCUCAAUUGCUCGUACUCCAUUAACUCAGCCGGAAAAUGACGUCACGCACCUCAAACUUCCUUCGGAAAAUGACGUUAUCCUCCCUGAACUUCCUCAUACUCUACCGGAAUCGGAUGAUUCUGCGGUUAAUGUUAACAUCCCUAGUAAGUCCGAUCACGAAGAUACUCGUUCCGUCCAUUCAGUGCCGUUGACCUUAGUCAGAUUCCGGCCGAUCAACCGUCGAUUCAGGUUUCGUUCUAGUCUACCGUUCCGCCUAUGUCACCACCUGAAGCCGGGAUCACAGCGUCAGAUCCCUUUUGGUAAUGAUAUGAUACUGCCUUCUAAGAGAAACAUUGACUUCGAUAAGUUUGUCUAUCGUAUUGGAGUGCGUCAGAUUCCAUCGGAUCGGUUCAGUUUCCGCCGCCACCAGUACAAUGAUAAGAAGAUCUGGAAGUUUCUAUACGAUCGCGAGAAGUUUGGGGGAAUGAAAUUGAAGGAUCAAUUACCUCACCACCACCAUCACCAUGACGAUAACGAAGACAAUGAUCACGAACAGAGGAUGAUAUCGAAGUUGCAAAUCAAUCUCGAGAAUCAAGGUAAUUUUGAUGAAAUUAAAUCAAAAAAUGAAAAUCAAUUCCAUGCUCAUCAUGUUAAUGAUGUGGCUGACGAAAGAUCAAAGCUUUAUGCGAAGCACUAUGAAAUGAAAUUGAGGAAUCGUUUUCAUUAUAACAAUGGUGAAGAAGAAGAAAAAGCUAAGGAAGAGAAUAAGUGGCAUAAGAGGGAAAAGAAGAAAGGUGGAUUCAUGAGAGGUAUUCGUAAGUUCUUGCAUCAGUACUUCGAUUGAAGCAUCUUUGCUCUGAUAUGCUUCAUAUUUGCCUUUUGUGUUGUUGUGUAAAAGAACUAUAGAAGUAUCUAUUCGUCUUUGUUUUGAUGUUGCUGUAAAAUAUUUGCAUCCAUGUGAGAUGUAAUAGAAAUAUAAUAGUAGUAAUUUAUUA